UUGUUGUUAUUAUUAUUGUUAUAUUUUUUAGUUCUCUUUUUCUACAUCUGUAACGUGGGAUAUAGUGUUUAUACAUUCUUUUAGCUGUCUUUUUCUCAUUCAUUUACAAGAAAACGAUUAUUCUUAAAGUGUGCUAGUGAAUGGUUUUCUUAUUUACAGGAAAAAAAAAAACAAAAAAAACAAUACGAUAGCUAAUUUAAGUAAAAAUAAAAAAGUUGUAAACAUUGAAAACCUGUGCUUUCACAAAACAUAAUCAUCAUCAACUAAUCUAAAGGAUGUAAAUUAUUAUUCAUAAUCAUUACACGCCAUAACUCUUCAGUAUAAUUCAGUGAAAAGGCCGUGAUAUUAAAUAUGCCUUGAAAUUUAACCCUAAAAAUGUCCCUAGCAGUUUCCUUUAAUAACCGAGAGGCAAACAGAAAGUGAAAGGUAGAAAAACAAAAACAAACAAACAUAAAGUGAGAUAGAUAAUAAAUAACACGAGAAAAAAAAUGAAUCAUGAAGAAUGUGAACAGAAGGCGUUUUUUCAUGUUCAAGGACGAAGAUGAACAGAACCCGAAUGUGUGACGAGCUCCGCCGCCUCCUCCCGCACGCGUGACUCCUCCCCGGCGCCGCCCUGCAGAGAGUGAUGAGCCCGAUGCCCCCCCAGCCCGAGCGAUGACCACCGAGCGCCGCCGCGGCCCAGAGACGCGCUGGUACGAGCCACCUACCCCCCGGGCCUGGCACCCAAACUCGUCGGAGCUGCAGCGCCUGGAGGCGGCCGCCCACCUCCGGAAGACCUUGCUGGAAGCGACACCCACAGGCUCGCGCGACGCGGGCGCCCUCAGGAGGAACUCGAAGGUCAGCCUGGAGAAGGGCAGCCUCGACAAGGGCCUCCUCCCUCAGAACCUCCGCGGGUCGACGUCGAGCUUAUCCUCCAUGGCCAAAGGGCCCUUGAACCCGCCCUUGGGAAGAGUCCGGAAGGAUCACGACAAAGACUUCUUGGCUUCCAUGCCCAAUCUCUCCCGCCAGCAAACCCCCGUCAGAAGUAGUUCUGAGUCGGACUUCAGCGCCACCUUCGUGCUGAAGAACAAGUACAAGAGUCAGAAUGACGUGAGAAAGGCUUUUGCGAAGACGCCGCCGUCCCGGCCCCGUAGCUCGAGUCUGACCAAGUACGAGCCGCUGCCGAAUAUCCGGCACAGCGCCCCGAACCAGGAGGUGCGGUCCAAGUCGGAGGGGGAGUCGCCCAUGCCGCGGGGGGGCGCAGCGACGCUCCAGAAGGGCCUCCGGUCACCCUGGGCGGAGCCUCCUUCGCCUUGGGCGGAGUUCAGCAAGAGCCAAGGUCAGGCCAGGCAGCAGGGGCAGGUGAAGUCGCCUUGGACGGUGCCACCCACGCCGAGAGGAGCCUCGGACUCGAACAACAACCAAGGAAUGGCCGAACCUCCGCCGAUGAUUCGGAGCAAAACCUUCGAUGUGUUCGAGACCAAGCUGACGAACCUCCCUGUGGUGGACAGCGAGCCCGAGGACAACGAAGGCGGCGACUCGCGCAUCGUCUCCGUGAGCAUCGAGGGUAAAUCGCUCACGGAGUUCCUGACGCACGCCAAGGACGGCCUCCUCAUGUCAAGGCCCGGAACGCGCUACGGAAGGAACGCCGAGCCCUCCCAAGGGCAGUCCAGCCAGCACGAAAAGGAAGACAUCUUCUUGUACAUCAAACUGCCCGACGAUUCCUUGCUGCUCACUUCCAGCCCGCACGACAGGACGCUCGGCCAGCUGCUGGAGGUGGUGGCGUCCAUGCACGUCGGCGGCUACAAUCUCCUCAUUGCCGACGAUGGCCUGGAGGACGACGACCUUGACAAAACCCUUCUGCAGCUAGGCAUUACCGACAACGCGACACUGCACCUCAUGUUCCUCCCCGACUAACAACUCAGACAU